AAGGCAGCUCAGCUGGCAACAGCCAGAGUUGAACGACAUACAGCGGGUAUUUGAAAUCAGCAUAAGAGAGAUUAACCAGAAUUUACAGAAUCACAGUUGUGUCAGUGCGGACGCGGGUUCAAGUUUGAGCACCGGCUUCAUAUCCUUGCCGACCGACAGAGACUCCAACACCCAACCAAAGUCCUCGGCCACACAAGUCUCUGUAAUUUCAAUCUCUCUGUCUCUCUCUCAUUGCCAUUAUCUCUGUUUUUUUGUUCUUUUGGAGAGAGAGAGAGUCCCGAUUCAUAGUCAUGCAGAAGCCACAGAACCAACGGUCAAGAUCUGCCAAACCAACCACUAUUCAUGGCUACGCUCAGUCCGGUGACCUUCUUGGAUUUCAACGGCUACUCCGAGAAAACCCGUCUCUUAUCAACGACAGAAACCCCGUCAUGGCACAGACGCCACUUCACGUUUCUGCUGGUUAUAACAGGGCCGAGAUAGUCAAAUUUCUUCUUGAUCGGCAAGGGACAGAAAAGGUUCAGUUGGAAGCCAAGAACAUGUAUGGAGAAACUCCUUUGCAUAUGGCAGCAAAGAAUGGGUGCAAUGAUGCUGCACAGUUGCUUCUUGGUCAUGGUGCUAUUAUUGAAGCCAAAGCAAAUAAUGGAAUGACACCAUUACAUCUUGCUGUUUGGUACUCACUUCGAGCUGAAGAUUACUCGACUGUCAAUACAUUGCUCGAGUACAAUGCUGAUUGUAGUGCUAAGGAUAAUGAGGGCAUGACUCCUCUAAAUCAUCUCUCACCAGGCCCAGGAAGUGAAAAGUUGCGGGAAUUAUUGAACUGGCAUCUUGAAGAGCAGCGGAAGAGAAGAGCGAUCGAAGCAUGCAGUGAAACUAAAGCUAAGAUGGAUGAGCUUGAAAAUGAAAUAUCAAAUGUAGUAGGUUUGCAUGAGCUUAAGGUACAACUACGGAAAUGGGCAAGGGGGAUGCUUUUGGAUGAGAGGCGGAGAGCCCUUGGGCUGAAAGUUGGCACCAGAAGAACCCCCCAUAUGGCAUUCCUUGGCAAUCCUGGAACAGGUAAGACUAUGGUAGCUCGAAUCCUAGGAAGAUUACUGCAUAUGGUGGGGAUUCUGCCAACCGACAGGGUAACAGAAGUACAGAGGACUGAUUUGGUUGGAGAAUUCGUUGGUCAUACUGGGCCAAAAACUAGGAGAAAGAUUAAAGAAGCAGAAGGAGGAAUUCUUUUUGUGGAUGAGGCAUAUCGACUGAUACCCAUGCAGAAGGCAGAUGAUAAGGACUAUGGAUUGGAAGCUUUAGAAGAGAUUAUGUCUGUCAUGGACAGUGGAAAAGUUGUUGUCAUAUUUGCUGGGUAUAGCGAACCAAUGAAGCGUGUGAUUGCUUCUAAUGAAGGCUUCUGCAGACGGGUGACCAAGUUUUUCAAUUUUAAUGACUUCAGUUCAGAAGAACUAGCCAAGAUUCUCCAUAUCAAGAUGAACAAUCAAGCAGACGAUAGCUUGUUGUAUGGAUUUAAGUUACACCCAUCUUGCACUGAAGAAGCCAUGGCAGCAUUGAUACAGAGAGAAACAACAGAAAAGCAACGGAAGGAGAUGAAUGGUGGUUUGGUGGAUCCAAUGCUAGUCAAUGCUAGAGAGUAUUUGGACCUGAGGUUAAGUUUUGACUGUAUAGACACCGAUGAACUUUGCACCCUUACCAUAAAGGAUUUAGAAGCUGGUCUGCGGCUGUUGUCACAAUGAGGGGAAGGGAUAAAUUUAGACUCAAAAAACUCGGUAACCAUUCUUUUUGCCAGCAUGGUCGGAUCAUUUCACAUUGAAUUUCAAAGAUUUAUAUAUUCUCCUUUACCACUUUGAAGAUGAGUUCCAAUUCCAGCCAAGGACUUGGAAGCAGGCAUGAGUGGUAUGGAGAGCUGGCUGGCCUAUAUUCAAACAAGUUGUUUACUACCCUUAAAUCUUUUAAUUGGAACCUUCACACACUCGAGAACUUCUGGCUGGGGUUCUAUUAAAUUACAUACGUUGUAUUUAUUUAUUGAUUACCAUUGAUCAAUAACUUUCUCUUACGAGAUUUUC